ACUCGACUCAGUCGUUUUCUUGUGAGAGAGCUGAACGGAGUGCUUAUUGCUUCUAAAGAUUUUCUGAAAGUAAAAGUUUAAUUAAAAAAGUGAAAAUAAAAUGUCUAAAAUCGGUAUUAAUGGUUUUGGUCGUAUCGGACGCUUGGUUCUCCGUGCUGCUGUUUCUGCCGGAGCUUCCGUUGUAGCAGUCAAUGAUCCCUUCAUUGAUGUAAACUACAUGGUUUAUCUCUUCAAAUACGACUCUACUCACGGUCGUUUCAAGGGCACCGUAUCUGCUGAAGAUGGAGCUUUAGUAGUUAAUGGUCAAAAGAUCAAAGUUUUCAGCGAACGCGACCCCGCUAAUAUUAACUGGGCUAGCGCUGGAGCUGAAUAUAUUGUAGAAUCUACUGGUGUUUUCACCACAACCGAUAAGGCUGGUGCUCACUUUAAGGGCGGUGCCAAGAAGGUUAUUAUUUCUGCACCAUCUGCUGAUGCACCAAUGUUCGUAUGCGGUGUCAACUUGGACGCUUAUAGCCCAGACAUGAAAGUUGUCUCUAAUGCAUCAUGCACAACAAAUUGUCUUGCUCCAUUAGCUAAAGUUAUUCAUGACAAUUUCGAAAUUGUUGAAGGUCUCAUGACCACUGUACAUGCUACCACAGCCACCCAAAAAACUGUCGAUGGCCCAUCUGGCAAAUUAUGGCGUGAUGGACGUGGUGCAGCACAAAAUAUCAUCCCUGCAUCUACUGGCGCUGCCAAGGCUGUAGGCAAAGUCAUUCCAGCCCUCAAUGGCAAACUUACUGGCAUGGCUUUCCGUGUACCAACUGCUAAUGUAUCAGUUGUAGAUUUAACUGUUCGUUUGGGCAAGGCUGCAUCAUAUGAUGCCAUUAAGCAAAAGGUGCGUGAAGCUGCUAACGGUCCUCUCAAGGGCAUUCUUGAUUACACUGAAGAAGAAGUUGUAUCUUCAGAUUUCAUUAGUGAUACUCACUCAUCAGUGUUUGAUGCAAAAGCUGGUAUUUCUCUUAACGAUAAUUUCGUUAAACUCAUUUCCUGGUAUGAUAACGAAUUUGGUUACUCCAACCGUGUUAUUGAUUUAAUCAAAUACAUGCAAAGCAAGGACUAAAUACUUGUUAUAACAUACAACUUAAAUUAUUAGAGGACGCACAGACAGGAGCUGUAGCAUUUAAGGACUCUUCACCCUCUCCUGUUCUAUUAUUAAAUUAUAUUAUCAAACAAAAAUAAAAAAUUUAAAAUAUUAAUUAAAA